CGACUCAGCUCAUCUCGGAGCGAGAGGCUAAGAGAAAAACCACGGCCGGCUCCCACAUCCGAGUCGCUCCAAGGCAGGCAUGACAUGCUGAGUCAUGCCAGAGGCGGGGACGCGCGACGCGACGUAUCGCGGUGGGGUGCGAGUCGGCGUGCUUGGCAACGACGCCGCUCGCCACUCGACCCGCACAAUGCCAGCCGCAAACUCAUUGCCAGCACCAAAGAACGCCGCGGGCCUGCUCGCCGCCCUCAACCCGAAACACGCCCUCAGCACCUCGGACGCAGCAGCCAUCAUCCGCGCGUACGCAGAACACAAGCUCCGCCGCCGUCGGCCCUCGACGCUCGCACAACUCACACACAAGCUCGACGUGCUGGAGCCGCGCACCUGUCCGUCCCACAAGCCAGCCUUCGCCGCCGUCCGCGCCGAGCUCCACCUCCCCGCCUGGACGGCAGUCUGCACCACGAAGAAACGCCAGGUCAUGGGCAUCGCCGCGCCGGAGCUGGCAUAUGUGAGCUAUGUCGGCGGGGCGACGGAGCACGAGACGGCGCGGCAGGAGUGGGUCGAGCUCUCGUUCGACUCGAGCGAGGAGGACUAG